UUUUCAAAACAAAAACUAAAAAUCAUAUCCUCACAGUCUCCAUUUCCAAUAAUCAAUUUCAUUCUUCUAAAAAAAAAUGUCCUCAAAUUCCCAAUUUCUUCUCAAAACCCUCUUCUUACUCUUCAUUUUCCCAUUGGUCAACGCUCGUUCUAUAAAGUCAACGCUUCAUAAAACUACAGAGCUCGACGAAUCAUUAACAUAUCUAUGGCCUUUGCCUUCUCAAUUCACUUUCGGUAACGAUACGCUUACUGUUGAUCCCAAUUUGUCUAUUGUUUUUACUGGCAAUGUUGGUGGGUCUGUUAUUGUUAAAGAAGCUUUUGAGAGAUACAAAAAGAUUAUUUUCAAGCAUGGUUCUAAGUCUGGUGAUUUUUUUGAUGUUACUCAGCUCACUGUCAUUGUUCAUUCCGAUAACGACGAGCUGCAACUUGGUGUUGAUGAGAGCUAUUCGUUAUUGGUGACGAAGAGCAAUGAACAUUCGAUUAUCGGGGAAGUCUCGAUUGAGGCAAAUUCUAUUUAUGGUGCGCUAAGAGGACUUGAGACAAUGAGUCAGUUAUGUAUUUUUGAUUAUGGGGUUAAAACCGUGCAAAUUCACAAGGCUCCAUGGUUUAUUCAAGACAAGCCAAGAUUUGCAUAUCGGGGGCUUCUGCUAGAUACGUCAAGGCACUAUUUGCCAAUUGAAAUUAUCAAGCAAAUUAUUGAAUCCAUGUCCUACACUAAACUUAAUGUUCUUCAUUGGCACAUCAUAGAUGAAGAGUCGUUUCCUCUAGAAGUGCCUUCAUAUCCAAACUUGUGGAAAGGGUCAUAUACAAAGUGGGAACGCUACACUGUUGAGGAUGCUUAUGAAAUUGUUGACUUUGCUAAGAUGAGAGGUAUCAAUGUUAUGGCAGAAGUCGAUGUUCCAGGUCAUGCUGAAUCAUGGGGUGCAGGGUACCCUGAUCUUUGGCCUUCUCCAUCUUGUAAAGAGCCACUAGAUGUCUCAAAAAACUACACUUUUGAUGUCAUUGCUGGCAUCCUGGCAGACAUGAGGAAGAUUUUUCCAUUUGAGUUCUUCCACUUAGGUGGUGAUGAGGUCAACACAACUUGUUGGACAACUACGCCACACAUCAAGCAAUGGCUUCAAGAUCAUAAUAUGACUUCGAAGGAUGCGUAUGAGUAUUUUGUACUCAGAGCUCAAGAAAUAGCUAUAUCACAUAACUGGACACCUGUUAACUGGGAAGAAACCUUCAAUACGUUUCCGUCUAAACUUAACCCGCAGACUGUGGUGCAUAACUGGUUACGUGGUGGUGUUUGUCAAGAGGCAGUUGCAAAAGGUUUUAGAUGCAUUUAUAGCAAUCAGGGGUUUUGGUAUCUGGACCACUUAGAUGUCCCUUGGGAUAAAGUUUAUUACACGGAGCCGCUGGAAGGAAUAAAGAGUAUUUCCGAGCAAAAACUUCUACUUGGAGGUGAAGCGUGCAUGUGGGGUGAAACUGCAGAUGCUUCAGAUGUUCAACAAACCAUAUGGCCACGGGCUGCAGCUGUAGCAGAACGGUUGUGGAGCGACAAGGAGGCAACAUCUUCAACAAAUACUACUUCGGCUGCAUUGCAAAGGUUGGAGUACUUUCGAUGCCUCUUGACGAGGCGUGGGGUUCCAGCUGCUCCAGUUACCAAUUUUUAUGCUCGACGUCCUCCAUUGGGCCCAGGGUCAUGCUAUGAACAAUAACUUGUGUUGUAUCAUCUAGUUCGAUCCGUGUGCUGGAACUGGUAAGUUUGUGAAGCUUGUGAACUAGUAAGUCUUGUCAACUUGACGCUGCUGCAUGGUCUCCUGGGCUUAGGAAGGAUUCCACUUUGAGAUUGUCGUUUACUCUCUAGUUCUCGGGCUCUUUGCUGUAACUUUAUAGUGGUUUGUUAAUGUGAAUAAGAGAAAAAUGGAUGAUCUUUGCAAGACUUCCAUGCUUACAGACUUGGGAUUUGACAUUAUUUCGCCUCAUGUAUUACAUUCGAACUUGUAAUUUCAUAUUCUUACUUCAUUCCUUUCCUGUUUU